AUGAACCUGCCGCGGCUCGUGUGCCGGCACCGCACGGCGCUGGCCCUGGCCGGCCUGACGCUGUUUGCAGGCGCGCUGCUCUGGCUGGCCAGGUGCGCGCCCGAGGGACCGGCAGGGGGCGGGCGCGUGGCCGCCACGGCGCAUGCGCCGGCCGUAGCGGGCGAGCCCGCGGAGCGCGCGUUUCUGGCCGUGCUGGUGGUGAGUGCGCCUGCGGGCGCCGAGCGGCGGAGCGCGGUCCGCGGCACGUGGCUGGCGGGCGCCGGGCGGCCCGGGCCGCUGGCCGACGUGUGGGCGCGCUUCGUGGUGGGCACGGCUGGGCUGGAGGCCGCCGAGCGGCGCGCGCUGGAGCGGGAGCAGGCGCGCCACGGCGACCUGCUUCUGCUGCCGCACCUGCGCGACGGCUACGAGAACCUGACGGCCAAGGUGCUGGCCAUGUUCGCGUGGCUCGACGAGCGCGUGGCCUUCGACUUCGUGCUCAAGGCCGACGACGACACGUUCGCGCGCCUGGGCGCCCUGCGCGACGAGCUGCGCGCGCGCGAGCCGGAGCGGCGCCGCCGCCUCUACUGGGGCUUCUUCUCGGGGCGCGGGCGCGUGCAGGCGGGCGGGCGCUGGCGCGAGGCCGCCUGGCUACUCUGCGACCACUACCUGCCCUACGCGCUGGGCGGCGGCUACGUGCUCUCGGCCGACCUGGUGCGCUUCGUGAGCCGCAGCCGCGACGUGCUACAGCGCUGGCGCAGCGAGGACGUGUCGCUGGGCGCCUGGCUGGCGCCCCUCGACGUGCGCCGCGAGCACGACCCGCGCUUCGACACCGAGUACCGCUCGCGCGGCUGCAGCGACCAGUACCUGGUGACGCACAAGCAGAGCCCCGAUGACAUGCGCGCCAAGCAGCGCAGCCUGGCCCGCGACGGCCGCCUGUGCCCGCAGGAGGUGCGCCUGCGCCUCUCCUACAUCUACGACUGGGACGUGCCGCCGUCGCAGUGCUGCCGGCGCCGCGAGGGCAUCCCCUGA